GGGACAGCAGAUCCACUACCCAACUGAGCGUCGUCCCCUUCACUUGACCUGAGCUGCUCACCCUCUCUCGCCUUUAACGAAGGAAGACGAACCCUCUUCCUAUUCAGAUCUGCUGACCGCUCUUCCGCUGCCCACGAUCCUGCCCCUCCAGGUGGGUUUUUACACAGUCGAAUUGAUUGGGAUUGGGGGCUUUUUCACCUCUUUAAUUCAGAGGUGUGUUGGUUAUAGAGUUAAAUCUCAGAGAUGUUAAAGCAUUAUUGGGUUGCUUUCUUUGUGGUGGUGUCAUGGGCUGUCAGCUUCACAGUUUUAGAUGCCAGUGCUGGUGAUGCUGAUCCGCGCUAUAGGGCUUGUCUAAACGAAUGUGGAGAAACCGGUUGUGUAGGGCAGAGAUGCUUUCCACAUUGCAAUUCCUCUUCCGAUGGGGUCUCUGUUGAUGGUCCAUGGUACAUGCAAGAACCUCUUUAUCAGCAGUGGAAACAAUGGGAUUGCCAAAGUGAUUGCCGUUACUAUUGUAUGGUUGACAGAGAGAAAGAAAGAGAAGCAGCUGGUGAUGGUCCAGUCAAAUAUCAUGGUAAAUGGCCCUUCAAGCGUAUUUACGGGAUCCAGGAGCCUGCUUCCGUAGCUUUCUCUGUGCUCAACCUUGCAACGCAUUUUCAUGGUUGGAUAUCCUUUUUCAUCCUUUUAUACUACAACUUGCCUCUGAGACGGGAUAAGAAGACGUACUAUUAUUUUGCUAGUUUAUGGCAUAUCUAUGCUCUCUUGUCAUUGACCUCCUGGUUCGCGAGUGCUGUGUUCCAUAGCAAGGACGUGGAUUUGACCGAGAAAUUAGACUACUCAUGUGCAGUGGCAAUACUUGGGUACUCGCUUAUUCUGUCCAUACUAAGAAGUUUUGAUGUGAAAGAUGAUGCCGUCAGAGUGAUGGUUGCUGCUCCACUGCUUGCUUUCGUAACCACCCACAUAUUGUACCUCAACUUCUAUAAACUGGAUUACGGGUGGAACAUGCAGGUUUGUGUUGUCAUGGCGGUGGUUCAACUUCUUCUUUGGGCAGUUUGGGCUGGCGUCACUCGCCAUCCAUCACGUUGGAAGCUGUGGGUGGUAGUAGUGGGAGGAGGCCUUGCAAUGCUCCUAGAAAUCUAUGACUUCCCUCCAUAUUACGGAUUCUUGGAUGCUCAUGCCGCCUGGCAUGCCACCACGAUUCCUCUAACUUAUAUUUGGUGGAGUUUUAUCCGAGACGAUGCUGAGUUCGUGGCAUCUAAUCAAGUAAAGAGGUUGCGAAACUCGAACGUUGCCAAGAAGGCAAAAUAAAGCAUGUGGUAGUGGCGCUUGAGCACGUAGCCCUCGUCUCCGUUAACUUACUGGAAAUUGCAGUUUUCCCAUUUUCUUCACUCAACCUGCAUUGCAAAACGGGACAGUUGCCGUAGUCAGUAGGGUACUGAUUGCAUUUGCAUUGAGAUAACUUGGGAUUUUGAUUUUUCUUUGGUAAUACUGUUAUAGUUAAAUUAUUUUUAUUUCAUCAUUUGUUGAAGUCGUAAUGAUGGUUCGUUUGGAAGUGUUUCUAGAAGUGCUUUUUGCAAGAAGCACUUCAAGUGUUUUUUUCA